AACUGUCCCCCAGAUGUCGAGCAACUGGGGCGUGCGACUUGGACUUUCCUUCAUACCACAGCCGCUUAUUACCCUGAGAAACCCACCCCUACACAGCGCGCCAACAUGUUGAUGCUCCUUCGCUCUCUUCCAAUUUUAUACCCAUGCAAAUGGUGUGCAGACGACUUUGGUCAGGAUAUUGAGAAGCACGCGCCAGAUGUCAGUGGACGGGUGGCCCUGAGCCGUUGGUUGUGUGAGAGACAUAACGAGGUAAACUCGAAGCUGGGAAAGGAGGAGUUUGAUUGCGCGAAAGUUGAUGAGAGAUGGAAAGAUGGACCUCCGGAUGGUAGCUGUAAUUAG